AUGAUAGAACAAAUUAUGAGCAAGUUCAAAGAUGUCUUCAGUGAAGAAUUUGGUGCUCUCAAAGACAUUAAGGCAAAGAUUACCCUUAAAUCUGAUGCUAAACCCAAGUUUUGCAAGGCAAGACCAGUCCCACAUUCUCUGAAACCUGUUGUGGAUAAGGAGCUAGACAGACUUAUACAGUUAGGAAUAUUGACACCAGUAAAAUACAGCGAGUGGGCCACACCCAUUGUCGUUGUGCCUAAGCGGGAUGGAACAGUCCGAAUAUGUGGGGAUUUCAAGGUAACCCUGAAUCCAAACAUUGAAAUUGAUCAAUAUCCGCUUCCCAGAGUGGAUGACAUUUUUUCUUCAUUAACUGGAGGACACCAUUUUACCAAGAUUGACCUGAAAAAUGCUUACCUACAGAUGGAAGUGGAAGAGGAUCAACGGAAACUGCUUACUAUUAACACACACAAGGGUUUAUUUCAGUUCAAUAAACUCAUGUUUGGUGUAGCUUCAGCCCCGGCAGUGUGGCAAAGAGCAAUGGAUCAGGUGUUACAGGGAAUCCUGAGAGUCCACUGCAUGAUUGAUGACAUGAUCAUCACAGGAUGUACUCGUGAAAAUCACAUUGAAAACCUUGAAAAAGUCUUGAGCAGACUACAAGCGUUCAAUUUGAAAGCCAACAUUAAGAAAUGCGAUAUUUUCAAGGAAAGCAUCAAAUUCUGUGGGCACAAGAUUGACAGAUGCGGACUUCACAAAACAGAGGAAAAAGUGAGGGCAGUUGUCAACACAAACUAUCCGUCCAGCGUGACAGAAUUCCUAGGGCUGGUGAACUACUGUGGCAAAUUCAUGCCCAACUUGUCUACCAUUCUGAGACCCCUACACCAUUUGCUAGAAAAAAAUUCUGCAUGGCAAUGGACCAAGGAAUAUCAUAAACCCCUUGUGUCUAUUUUCCACCCACAAAAGGGAGUACCACUUACCACAGCCUCUCGAUUGCAGCGUUACGCUUUGUUCUUGUCGGGAUUGGACUACUCCAUAGAAUACCGCAACACAACCCAGCAUGGAAAUGCAGACGGACUUUCACGCAUGCCAUUACCUUUGACUGGCGAUGGUGAGGAUGAAGAGCCUGAAUUCCUCGAUUCUGCAUGUGUAUUCCAUAUUGCGCAACUGGAAGCUCUACCAGUGUCAGCAAAUGAAGUGAAGCGACGCACAGCUCAUGAUCCAGUGUUAGCACGCGUGUAUGAAGCAACCAUGCGUGGCUGGAACGACUCAACUGGCCAGGAUCUUCAACACUAUUUUUCACGCAGAAAUGAGAUAACAGGACAUUCUCUAAAACAGGACAUUCUCCUCGUGAUUCAUGAAGGACAUUUGGGAGUGGUAAAGAUGAAGAGUUUGGCCAGAAGCCAUGUAUGGUGGCCAGGCAUCGAUGCAGAGAUAUAA